AUGCCUGCGGACGAGGACUAUGGCCGAAGACAGAUCUCGUUACAGCAGCAUGCCUCCCAGUCGCCGUCUAUUUCCAUUCAGUGUCCUGCUGGUUGCGUUGCUGCACCGGUUGCGGAGCAGCACCGCCAGCAGCAGGACGCCGGCGCGGCGCUGCGCUACGCCAGCGACAAGAACCUGCUGGAGUCCGCGGCGGCGGGGGCGGGCGGCGAGCGCGACCGCUUCGCGUCCUGCGGGAGCGGCGGCUCGGACCGGUUCGGCUCGGAGCGCAGCAGUUCGGACCGACUGCCGUCGGGCGAGCGCUAUCAGGGCGUGUCGGAGCGGUUCCCGCUCGGCGAGCGGCCGCAGACGUCCGUGUCGACGGACAGGCUGCUGCCCAAGGAUAUGCUGGGGGCGGCGGGGCACUGCCAGAACGAUAGGCAGGCUUAUCAGCCAGAGAGGUACAAUUACGAGAGAACGACUUGCCAAAGGUUCCCCGAAAGGUACACGCCGGUCCAAAACCUGGGCAGCCUCGACCGGUACCACGGCCACGCCACUCUGGACCGGUAUUCCAGGACAACCACCCCCACCGACCGGUACCACACCCUAUCAACGGACAAGGAGAGAUGCUCCACCAACGGCGACAGGUACACGCCUAUCGACAAAUACAACUCGGGCGCUAUGGACGGUUUCGGCGGUACCGCCGGCGACAGGCACGCUUCGGCGCAGAGCGUGUGCUCCAUCGACCGCUAUACGCCCACGGAGCGGCACAGGAGCGGCUCCAAAUCCGAGAUCUACAAAAUCAGAGACAGAUCGGCCAGCUCGGACCGGAAGGAUAGAGAGAGGCACCAGAGGGAGCAGUACCAGAACCGGCUUGAUCAGUACGUCAACGAGCGGUACAACCACGAUCGCUUCCCGGCGAUUCCGUGCCCGGAGAGGUUCGCGUCGCAGGAGAGACCCGAGCGGCCGGAGAGGAUACCCUUCUCUCAAGUACCGUACUUGGAACCGCCUUCUCCCGCUCCGGCGGGGGACAGGUUUAUACCACCUCCACCUCUGUCCCCCGAGAACACGCCCAGUCCCGACUGUUUCACCAACAACACCUUCCCUUCUCCCACCGCUACACUACCCCUCCCAGAACGCUUCAUACCACCCCCGCCUCUAUCCCCGUCGCCGACCGAAACCUACGGCCACUCACCGAAGAAACCAGAAAGGUACGACAAGAGAUAUCAGAGUUACGCGACGACUUCACCCAACACCUCCAACGAUAGGUACCACCACGAGUCUAGGUUUAAGGAUAGGUUCCAGAGCUACGCCGACAAGUACCAGCAGAGUUCCAACGCUCACCAGAACUACCACUCAGACAAAUAUGUAAAUAACGACAACAGAUACAACAACGGGGAGAGGUACUUGCCACCCAACGCGCAUAUGCCGGUGGAGAGGUACGUCCCGCAGCCCCAGGAACCCUACUACGGCUCGUACCAACCCUACGGCUUCAAGCAGUUCAACUCCAGUGACCCGUACAUGAGGCGGGACCUCGCUUUCCACUACCGCCUGCCCCUACCCUAUACCGCCAACCAGUACCAACGAGUGCGGUACUCUCACAUGGGCGCGCCCGGUAGGGUCAAGUGCUGUCAGUACCAGGAAGGGUACCAGGUCUCCAAAUCCAGCCCGGGCUCCAGUUCCAGCAGCUCGGUGACCAGCCAGGGGAAGGACCUCCACCAGAAGGAGGUGUCGUGCGUCCAAGAAAUCCAGUGCCAAAACUUCCAGGGGAAGGAGUACCAGUGCGGGUACCAGCACCACCAGGAGAAGGGGACCCAAUGCGGGAACGUGCAAUGCCAGCAGGCCAAGGAGGGUGUAGGGUUCGUGUCGCCCAACCUGCGCGGCGCUAAGGGCGGCCAGUGUCGGCACAGCAUCUGCGCGAGCCCGUCGGUCGAGUACGUGGGCGCGUCGGGCGGGAGGCACGUGUGCGCGACGCCGCCCCCGAGGGCGAGCAUCGGGUCGGGCGAGGCAGCGGCGUGCAACGACAACUGCUGCGCCAGGAGGGCGCAGGCGUCACUCACUGUUACAGUUUGGUAA